CAAGGCCCCUGCAUAACUCAAUCUAAUAAUUUCACCCCAGAAUAUGAACAGAGAACUUCCCGGCCCUCAAAAGUGGAAUUCCGAUCCCAAUUUCCUGAGCAAUUUAUCUGCAGAGAUGGCACAAGCACAAGAAGCCAGUGAAAGUUCAGCACUUUCAAGUUGUGCACUUUCAAGUUGUGAUGCUUAUUUUGAGAAAAUAAAGUCCAGGAAGAAAUUACCACAACCGUUGCAGGAGACUUUAACAGCUGCAUUUGCCAAGAUUCCUGUUUCAUCUUUCCCACAAGUUCCUGGUGGCAAAGUGAUUGAAAUUGAAGCAGAAGCUACAAUUGCUGAUGCCGUUAAGAUUCUAUCAGAAUGCAACAUUCUGUCUGCUCCUGUGAGAAACCCAGAUGCAGCAACUAGCUUGGACUGGAGAGAAAGGUACUUAGGAAUUAUAGAUUACUCAGCGAUCAUUCUCUGGGUACUAGAGAGUGCAGAACUUGCGGCCGUUGCUUUAUCAGCCAGCACUGCUACAGCUGCUGGUUUAGGUGCUGGAGCCCUUGGAGCUCUUGGAGCAAUAGCAAUGGGUGUGACAGGUCCUGCUGCUGUUGCUGGACUAACUGUUGCUGCAGUAGGAGCUGCUGUGGCUGGUGGCGUGGCAGCUGAUCAAGGUGUAGGAAAAGAUGCUCCGUCAGCUGCUGACAACUUGGGCGAGGAUUUUUACAAAGUCAUCCUUCAAGAAGAACCCUUCAAGUCAACCACUGUAAGGUCAAUAGUUAGAUCAUACAGGUGGGCUCCUUUCGUUCCAGUUGCAACAGACAGUUCCAUGUUGAGUGUGCUACUGCUACUCUCUAAGUAUAAGCUGAGAAAUGUGCCUGUAAUUGAGCCAGGCAAGCCCGAUAUCAAGAACUACAUCACCCAAUCUGCAGUUGUUGGAGGUCUGGAAGGAUGCAGUGGGAGGGACUGGUUCGACUGUAUUUCUUCACGGCCUAUUUCUGAUUUGGGACUCCCUUUCAUGUCUCCUGAUGAGGUUAUUAGCAUCCAAAGUGAUGACCUGGUUCUUGAAGCAUUCAAGAGAAUGAGAGACAACCAAGUUGGUGGUCUUCCGGUUGUAGAGGGGCCAAGCAAAAAGAUUGUUGGGAAUAUAAGCAUAAGAGACAUCAGACACUUGCUGCUCAAACCUGAACUUUUCUCCAAUUUCAGGCAGCUUACUGUGCAGGAUUUCAUGAAUACUGUUGUCUCAAUGGGCCAAGAAUUUGGCAGACUCACCCCACCAAUAACAUGCAAGGUAGAUUCAACUCUUGGUGGUGUGAUCCAGAGUCUUGCCACCAAAUUGGUGCACAGGAUCUAUGUAGUAGCUGAGAAUGAAUAUGAAGUUAUCGGUGUAAUUACUCUUAGAGAUGUGAUCUCUUGCUUCAUAUUUGAGCCCCCAAACUUUUUCGAUAGCUACUUUGGGUUUUCAGUGAAAGAAAUGUUGAAUCAUUGAAGUUUCUGUUGUAAUCGCAACCCUUGGAGAUGCAGAGAUGUAAUUGAAUUUGAUUCAGUUUACAAUCUAUUCUGUAUAUGCAGCUUCUCUUCAUGCAAUGUCAAUUGAAAUAAAUCCAGUGAAUUUUGCUGUU